AUGGAAGACGGCAACAUCGCUAGCCCCAAGUUGCCGAUGCUUGGCAAAAGAAAUAUACUAAUUACAAGUGCUCUGCCUAACGUCGUCGACGUCCCUCAUCUCGGAAACAUCAUUGGAGGUGUCCUGAGCGCUGAUGUGUACGCCAGGUACUGCCGUCUCCGUGGCUAUAAUGCGAUAUAUAUCUGUGGGACCAAUGAUUAUGGGAGUGCAACGGAGACCAAAGCUCGUGAGAAGAAUUUCACCCCUCGUCAAAUUUGUGACAAGUGUCAUCCCCUUCAUAAACAAGUCUAUGACUGGUUUGAUACAAGUUUUGACUGGUUUGGGAAAACCUCAACUCCAGAGCACACACAGCUGUGCCUAGAAAUUUUCAACAAGCUGUGGGCAAAUAAGCUUUUCUCAGACUAUUCCAUACAGCAGAUUUACUGCGGUUCAUGCCGGAGGCUCUUAUCUUACUGGCAACUUGAAGGUUCCUUCUCUGCUGUUGGAGAUGAUCUCACGCUCAAAGAUCUGAGGUGCAAGUUGUGUCAAACCACACCCCAAUUUCGCGUCACAGAGCACAUGUUGUUUGAUAUUCCGUUGCUGCAAAAGAAGUUGGAAGAGUAUGUUGACAAAACAUCUGUUACCGGAUCUUGGAGUCGAAAUGUUAUUCGAACGACUAAUACAUACCUUAGGACUCGGCUUACAUCGAUAUUCUUCACAAAGGAUCAAAAGUGGGGAGUUCCUGUCCCACAGGAGAAAUAUAAGCAUAAAGUAUGA